AUGGCGUCAAUACUCGGCGCGAAUCCAACCCUGACUUCAAUUCCAAGCUACUCCUUCUCCCAAGCUUCACACAACAAUGGGGCAACUGGUAAUAAAGAACACGCCUUCUACCCAUACACAGACAAUGGCGGCUCUACACUAGGCAUCACAGGCAAUGAUUUUGCCAUCAUUGCAGGCGAUACUCGUUUAACCUCAGGCUACAGCAUCAAUACUCGUUACUCCCCCAAGGUAUUCAGGAUCGGUGGCGAUGAUGAAACAGGAGAGGGUGCACACAUCAUACUUUCGGUUGUCGGUUUCGCAGCAGACGGUACAGCUCUCAAGGAACGCCUCAACGCAAUCGUCAAGAUGUACAAAUACCAGCAUGGCAAGAAGAUGUCUGUCAAGGCUUGUGCCCAGAGAUUAGCUACAAUUCUUUACGGCAAACGGUUUUUCCCCUACUACGUGACGGCGAUCCUAGGUGGAUUGGACGAGGACGGCAAAGGGGCGCUGUACAGCUACGACCCAGUUGGCUCUUACGAGCGUGAGCAAUGUAGAGCCGCGGGGGCUGCAGCUAGCCUGAUAAUGCCGUUCUUGGAUAACCAGGUCAACUUCAAGAAUCAAUAUCUGCCGAGUACUGGCGAAGGUCACGACCUGUUGGCACGGCAGGCAGAGCCCUUGCCAAGGCAUGAAGUGGAGCAGCUUGUAAGGGAUGCGUUCACGAGCGCGACCGAGCGCCAUAUCGAGGUUGGGGAUGGGUUGCAAAUGCUUGUCAUAACAAAGGAAGGGAUUGAGGAAGCGUUCUUCCCACUGAAGAGAGACUAA